CAAUAUUUGAGGCUCCAAGAGAAAGAAUCCGAGCAGAAGAGAGACGUUAUUGAUUCCGAGCAGAAAGCUCCGAAGCAAGCAACGCAAUGUCUCUGGCGGUGCUAUAUUAUAUGUGGCCUCCAACAGCAGCAGAAAAGGUUUCGCAGAAUCAAACAGGCUUUGCACUUGGAACUAUUGCUCGUCUAACCCUGACAAGUCACGUCAGUGCUGGCGCAGGUCCAUGUGUUCGCCUUCAGUAGUGUCAUCCAUCAGAGAGUUGUCUGUCACAAGAAACUUAAUAGUUCAUUCAUGUCCUUUGAGCUCUGGAUCGGACAGCCACAUGUUGGCCACCAAAGAACUCGUCCAUUUCAUCAGCUCAAGAGGGAGAUAGAUUAAGGAGGAUCUCUACUUUAACAACGCUCAAACAUCAGUCCGCCAUGAAAUCAUGAAAUCUGAGAUGGUUUAUUGGACCUUCCCCGUGCUCAUGUCCCCACGACAGCGUUGCAUGGUCGUCCAAGGCAGUAGCUACAGAGCAUGAUUAGUACUGAAUCUCCAGGGCAGUAACAAAUCUCGGUCUAUCCUUCAGUCCUUGUAAGUCACAUGAGUUAAGCUUCAUUAUCAUGCUCAGGCUGAGCUGAAAUGCAGGCUUCGCAGGAUCGCCAUCAUGGAGAAGGACAGCCAUCGCCUGAAGCUGCGCAUGAUUUACUAGGUGACUAUCAACAUGCUCCACUUGUUGAAGCUCCUAUAGAAGAUUCUGCUUCAGUUUCCAAUGCAAGCAGUAACACUAGCAAGGUUCGUCGUGAUGACAUUGAACUGGUGCAAAACUUGAUUGAACGAUGUCUACAACUGUAUAUGAACAGAGGGGAGGUAGUUCGCAUAUUGUCUAAUCGAGCUAGGAUAGAACCUAGUUUCACAACUCUAGUAUGGAAGAAAUUGGAAGAAGAAAACUCGGAAUUUUUCAGAGCCUAUUAUAUAAGACUAAAAUUGAAGAAGCAAAUCAUUCUGUUCAAUCAUUUGCUCAAGCACCAGUACCAUCUGAUGAAGUAUCCUGUCCAGUCUAAGAUUCCAUUGGCUCCUAUUCAAAAUGCGAUUCACCCUAUGCCAGUCAAUUUGCCCAUGGGAUAUCCUAUUCUUCCUCAGCACCCAAUGCCAAUGCCAGUUACAGGUCAGCCCCAUGACGCAAUGGCUUGUGGAAUCUCCAGCUGCCAUACAGUCAAUGUUAUUCCUGCACCUGGAACUUUUCAUCCCAGUCACAUCAAUUCUGGGACCAGCAGUGGCACAGCUGAAGUGGCUCAUGCGACCCCUCCAAGUUAUGCCAUUUCUUCCAUGUCUGAGAUGGCUAUGAGCCCUGCACCAGCAACAUCAAGCGCUCAUUUUCCUUUCACUCCUGAGAAAUCUGGAACAGGCAUAAAUGCCUCAGCACUCGAUUCAACCUUUCUAUCUGAUGUGCCAAAUGCAGGACUGCAACUAAGUUCAGAUGGUGUGGAGCAGUCAAGAGAUAUAAUGCGAUCGUUAGGACAGUUUUGGAAUUUCAGUCUGUCUGAAUUGACCAUGGACUUGACAAAUAUAGCAGAUCUUGGAGAUCUAGGAGACUAUGAUGGUUCUCCGUUCUUGCCAUCGGAUUCAGACAUCUUGCUGGGCUCCCCAGAACAGGAAGAUAUAGUCGAAGAAUACUUAGCUGAUGUUGCGAAUGGACUCUGCUCACACCAAUCAGAUGAAGAGAAAUCUUAGGACAAGUUUGAACUUUCUUUUCGCACCUUCUCUGUAAUUUUUGUCCAAGCUCGAUCAUUAACAAUAUUGAUCGAUUAACGGUUAACUUCACGUAAUUAAGCAGCAGAUUCUAAGUAGUUAAAAUUAGUUAAUACAGUAAUUACUAGUA